AUGGUCCCAGCUACAGAUACUGAAUCUUCAUGUCCAACACAGCACUAUGUUGACACUGGAGAGAUGGACACAGUCAUGGUCAUCUCCAGUCCAGCAAACUCAAAGAGUGCCGUGUGGGGAGGCUUGAUGGCCGCAAGGGCCAAGGUCAAGGGCGUCAAAGGUGUUGUGAUUGAUGGUCGUUGUCGGAAUUUAGCAGAACACAGAGCGGCUGAUUACCUGGUCUUUGCUAGAGGGCAUUCAGUUUUGGGACAAUUGACUUUCACCCGUCCUUCCAGAAUCCAAGUUCCUAUUACGAUCCAUCCAGUUGCUGAUAGUUUUGGAAGCUCCGACAUGAACAAGCAGAUCAUCUUUCCACCGACCACUGUCAAUCCAUACGACAUCAUAUUAGGAGAUGAAGAUGGGUUGGUGGUCAUUCCACAUGCGGAGAUUGAAGAAGUCAUCAAACUUUGCACCAAAAAUACCCAAGUUGAUCAAAAAUGUUUAGAACAUCUGAAGGCUGGUCAUACUAUCGCCGAUACAUUCUCCCAAUUUUGUGGCAAGUGA